ACUUUUAUACCAUCUGUAUCGUACUGCAUAGUUCCAUGAUUUUAAUUCACCAAUCAAGCGACGUAAAUAAAAACCUAACUUUCAAAUUGUUAGAAUUUAUUGGAAGUCACGUUUCUUUCGAAGGAAUAAAAGCGUGUUUGAUUACAUGUUGUUACAUUAUAUAAAAUAAAAUAAUCGAAGCUAAAAUGGGGAAACGAAAAGUAUCGAAGAAAACGAAAAAGUCGUGGCGUAAACAUGUGGAUGUAAAUGAUGUCGACAAGUUCUUGGAGGAUUCCCGACAGCAGGAGAGGUUGGGUUCAUUUUCGAAUCGUAAGAAUUCCGAUUUAUUUGUGAUUUCUACAAAGCCAGAAAUUCUUCCGAAGAAAGCACGUCGCGAAUUAUUACAAUCCAAGGAAGCACGAUGUUUCAACGCUUUGAAAUCUCACUCAGCGGUUCCGGAUCCGAUUGCAAAAAGAAAUCGUGUCAGGACGAAGGAAGAGAGGAAGGAUCCUCGUGUUUUGAAAAUAGAAGCUCUUAAGAAGGCUCAGGGUAUUGUAAAGUUGAAAGAGAGAUUGAGGUUAAAAAAUAAAGCUAUCGCGGCAAAAAAAAGAUUGAUUAGGCCAAAAAGAGGUGAGUUUACAACUGACGCGUGGGAAGUGAAGACUGAUAGUGGAAUUAACACCGAAUGGAUGGAUCCGGAUACUGUAAGGCAUACAAUGAUACAUUUCGGUGUAAAAAAGAAACGAUUGCCUACUUCAUUACAUAAGAAACCUUCCGUCAUACCAGCAAUUGAGAUACCACAUCCAGGAACAUCUUAUAAUCCCUCUUAUGAAGAUCAUCAGAAGUUAUUGCAAGAAAUUGCAGAAAAAGAAUUGGAAUUAAUGAAAGAAGAGAAACAUUUGGAAAGGGUUACCACAAAAAUGUUUAAGAAGGUGUCACUAGUAGAGAGGGAGAAAAACUUUAUAAAUGAAAUGUCAGAGGGUUUGAAUCUAGAGAAUGAAACUACGAUUGAAGACAGUUAUGAAGAUACAGAGGUAAAAUCUGUAAAUCCUCCAGUAAAAAAUGUAAAGAAAACUCGUGUCCAAAGGCGUAAACAGAAGGAACAGAGAGAGUUAGCUCAUAAGAUUCAAAAGGAGAAACUAGAGAAGAAGAAAGUUGCAGACAUUUACAAGUUGAAACUAAUAAGUAAGCAAUUGACUAAAAGGGAAAAGAAACAGGAACAACUGAGGCAAAAGAGGAUGAAGAACAAAAUCCUUAAAGCAACAGGUACUAAAGUACUUGGUCGAGUUAAAUUUGAGCCUCUUGAUCCUGAUUUCAUAUUAUCAGAUGAAUUAACCGGAAAUUUGCGAAAUACUGCACCAACUGGUAAUUUAUUGAAAGACAGAUUCAAAUCUCUUGAGCAAAGGAACAUUGUGGCUCCUUCUGUAAUUAAACUAACACGAGAUAAGGCGAAAAUGAAACGGUAUAUAAAACCCGAUCACAAAAUCGAUAUGUCAAGUGUAAAAGUGUGAAGUAUAGGUAGAUUAAUUUUUAUAAAGUCAUGUACAUUAUAUAAAUAAUAGUAAAGUAAUAGUAGUGGACUUCAUCCUUCUGCAAUAACAGGCGAUUGUUCUUCCUCAUCUAAAGAAUCAGUCUCGUUAUCUAAUUCGUAUUCCUCUUCAUCAGAUAACAACAUAAUAUCAAAAAUUUCAUCCAAUUUUUUUUUACCAGGUGUACUACUUUCAGUGGAUAUAUCAAUUUCCUCUUCUUUUGAACUUUCUGAUGUUAUCUGACGAUGAUACAAUUAGAAAUAAAAAUGGAACAUUUAUAGUAUGUCUA